AUGGCCACACUGACACGGUCGGCCCUUCCGCUCCCGCCUCCCGGCGCAGCUUCGAACACUGCUGCCAGUGGCACAGCACCCAUCUCAUCUCAGUCCCUGUCUGCCCUGUCCGCCAACGACGAUCUGGUUGUCUACAUGUCUGCCAUGGCGAUCGCCUCCUCUGGCCCGCACACCAUUGUCAACGUCUCCAGUUCUGUGCCGACCCACGCUGCCCUACGCGACAGCUUUUUGCACUUGCAAGAGCUCUGCAUGGGAGGAUUCGAGCUUUUGAUUGAGCACGAGUGGGUCGCUUAUGGCCACCCGUUCUCGACCCGAUGCGGACACAUUACACGCCAAGCUGCUGACGAGUCGGAAGGUGCAAGCUCGCCCGCCCCUGGCACGGAAAGUUGGGCCAAGAAGCCUAGCUGGCUUCCGUUGACGCCCAACUCUGCGCCUUCCGAUGCCGAUCACGCUCCAUACUUUUUGCUCUUCCUCGACUGUGUCCAUCAGAUCAUGACGCAAUACCCACUCUCGUUCGAGAUGACGGAAAAGUACCUGAUUACGCUCUGCGACGCAAUGUGGGCAUGCCUGUUUGGCACGUUUGUUUCAAACAGCGACAAGGAUCGCGUGGAUUCGAGCAUGGAGAGUCGCACCGUGCCCGUGUGGGCGCAUAUGCAUAUUGUGCUCGAGCAAGAUGGCGUCGACAUGGAGUUUCUCAAUCCGGCGUUUGUUGGACCGCAGUCGCUGCCCGCAUCCUCGCACUCACAGCCCGCCUCAACCAUGAUCAAUGCCAUGAACGGCAUGUUUGAAUUGAUGCCAGAUCUGCAUAUCGAGGUUACACCGCCUGCUACUGCAGCUGCUGCUGCUUCGUCUGUCAGCAGCACUGCUCCAUCCGGAAAGCACGCCAGAGUGGAAGAAUCGUUCAUUACUCCUCCCCCAAUGCCGUACGUGCAGCGCUGCCCCAUCACCUCGCACACGGAUGCGUCUGUGGGUGCUCCUUUGGCUCUCACUCCGCAAGGCGAAGGACUCUUGCUCAACUUUUGGGACGUCAACUAUCUGCGAUGGGUUCCUCACGUCCGUCCUGCGUUUGUCGACGUGGCCUUCACCUCGGCCUUGUAUCACACACGCGAGCUUGUCCACGAGGUCGCUCAACUCGAGCGACAGCGACAACGCCUUCAGCGCUUGCUGGCCGAGCGAACGACGGCGGUCUAG